AUGAACUAUGGAGCCGGACCGUCACAUCUACCUUCUUCUUCUUCUUCUUCUUCUGACGACGAAAUAUUUUCUCAGUACAUUAAAGAUUGGGAGGAAGAUAUGAUACAAUGGGAGAAGGAAGAUGAACUAUUAGUUCGCGUACAUGCCUCUAAUAAUAAAAUAAUGACUUAUCUCUCUCAAGAGGCAGAGCGGCCAAAGCGUAUUGGCUCAGUUCCUGGUCAUUUGGUGAUCAAUCGCGGGAGGGAAGAAGGUAAUUCUCGACUUUACCAUGACUAUUUUUCUGAUAACCCUACAUAUGGUGCAAACCUAUUCCGUAGAAGGUUCCGGAUGCACAGGAGUUUAUUCCUUCGUAUAGUCGAGGUGGUACGUGAGCAUGACAACUUCUUCGUACAAAAGAUGGAUGGUGUCAGCAAACUUGGGCUAUCAACUUUACAAAAAGUUACAUCGGCAUUUCGCAUGUUGGCGUAUGGAACAUCAGCAGAUAGUACUGACGAAUAUGUUAGGAUCAGUGAGUCAACUGCAAUUGUAUGUUUAAAGAGAUUUUACAGAGCAAUUGUAGAAGUAUAUGGAGAUGAAUAUCUGAGGACCCCCAAUGUCGACGAUGUUGCAAGGUUAUUGCAAAAGGGCAAAGAAAGAGGUCGUCAUGGAGGUCCAACCAUUAUUCUUGAGGCAGUAGCAUCAUAUGAUCUAUGGAUAUGGCAUGCAUACUUUGGCUUACUAGGAUCCAAUAACAAUAUUAAUGUAUUACAGUCGUCUAAUUUGUUCGACAAUCUAUCACAAGGAUUGCAUUGGUAUGAUGGGACUCAUGUUGAUGCAAUGCUACCGAUUAAUCUUGUUACACGAUUUAGAAGCUGCAAAAGUGUUACACAGAAUGUGCUUGCAGCUUGCACCCCAAACAAGAUGUUCACUUAUGUUUUAGCAGGCAAAUACUAUUUGUGUGAUGCUGGGUACCCUAUCAUGCCAGGUUUCAUCUCUCCAUACUGA